CUCUCCGUCCUCUCUCUCUCUCUCUCUCUCUUCUCUCUCUCUCUCUCUCUCUUAUUUCCUCCUAACAGAAUUAGGGUUCACAGGUGGGCUCACCGCAGCGUCGCGACCAGAAACGAUGGCCAUUCCUUUGCUCACCAAGAAGAUUGUGAAGAAGCGUGUUAAGAAGUUCAAGAGGCCCCAAAGUGACUGGAAGAUCUCUGUGAAGGAAAACUGGCGCAGGCCCAAGGGUAUUGAUUCCCGUGUCAGGAGGAAGUUUAAAGGAUGCACUCUCAUGCCCAACAUUGGCUAUGGUUCAGACAAGAAGACUCGCCAUUUUCUUCCUAAUGGGUUUAAGAAAUUCCUUGUGCACAACGCCAAAGAGCUGGAAGUUUUGAUGAUGCACAACAGGACUUACUGUGCAGAAAUAGCACACAAUGUAUCGACUAGGAAGCGGAAGCAGAUUGUUGAGCGCGCAGCUCAGCUUGAUGUUGUAGUUACCAACAAGCUGGCCAGGUUGCGCAGCCAAGAAGAUGAAUGAGCAGCAAUGGCUUUCACUUGUUUUUGUUUAGUAUAAGAGUUUCGUUGGGAGUAUGAGGUAUCGCAACUUUGGGUAGACAGCUUCGGCAGUAGAUUUCGUCUUAGUUAUUGAAAGGACCAUGAGACUAGCAUGUUUUGUUUUACUGAACCGGUCCUGGCUUUGGUUGAUGUGUGGUACAAUGUUCCUAGACCUAGUGAGAACAAUUUUUGACUGUUUCUUAUGUUCGUCAUCCCAUUAGAAAUAUGAAUCUGUUGACCUAA